UAAUAGAUACCCGAGAGACUGAAUCCCCGGGGAGAGAGAAAAGACACAUUACUCCUAAAAAAUGUGCAACUAACCUUUUCCAUUCCGUUUUCUUCCGUGAAAUCUAAUCUCAUAGAGUUCAAUUUCCAUUCUCAAUCUAUGUACCCUAUAAGUUCGAGGCUUCCUUCGUAACUCGGGGAACUGUUUAAGGUAUAUUAGUCAAGCGAGAGCUUUUACUAAUUCUUAGAAACUGGGGUAUAAAGUAUAAAUCAAAGUUCAAACUCAACAUAAUUUUUACAAAAAAAAAUCAACAAAAAGUUGUUUGAAAUGUGCUGAUGUUCAUCCCCUUCAACUCCCUUCUUGCUCAACUGUCAAAGCCGAAGCUUCCAAUCUCAAGAACCAAAGAGCUUCACGCUUUCAUAAUCAAGACUCAUCUCUCACACGACCCAUUUUACGCUACAAGAAUUAUAAGAUUCUAUGCUCUAAACAACGACAUCAUCUCAGCACACAACCUGUUUGAUAAAACUCCCCACCGAAGCAUUUACCUGUGGAACUCCUUAAUUCGAGCUUAUGCUAGAGCCCACAAAUUUAGAAAUGCAUUUUCGCUGUUUAAUGAUAUGCUUUAUUCUGAAAUAAUGCCUGAUAACUUCACUUAUGCAUGCCUUGUAAAAGCCAGCUCUGAGAAUUUUGAUUUGCACAGCUUAAGAGUUUUACAUGGAGGGGUUGUUCUAUCUGGGUUGCAGUUGGACUUUAUCUGUAGUAGUCAACUGGUAAGUGCUUAUUCAAGAUUAGGCUGUAUAGCUGAUGCAAGCAAGGUGUUUUCUGGGAUAACGGGACCGGAUUUGGUCCUAUGGAAUUCGAUGAUAUCAGGUUAUGGGGGUCUUGGGGAAUUGGAGAAGGGGAUAGAGUUGUUUAGUGAAAUGCAGAUAAUGGGGGUGCGGCCUGAUGAGUACUCAAUGGUAGGCCUGAUUAUGACUAUAGAUGAUCCCAGUGUGCUGAUUAUAGGUGAAGCAAUCCAUGCAUUUUGUUUAAAACUUGGUGUAGAGUCGAAUGAUCAUGUAAGCAGUCUUCUUGUUAGUAUGUAUUCUAGGUGUAAAUGUAUGGGUUCAGCAUUUAGCGUCUUUGAUAGUCUUGUAGAACCUGAUUUAGUUACAUGGUCUGCUUUAAUAAGUGGUAUUUCGCUGUGUGGGGAUAGUGUCAAGGCCUUGGAUUUCUUCAGAGAAAUGAAUAUGAAAGGUGGGAAGGCAGAUGCAUCGCUGAUUACCACUGUACUAACUGCUUGUUCUCAGUUGGCAAAUGUGCAGCCAGGCAUUGAGACACAUGGUUAUGCUUUUCGACAUGGAUAUCACUCGGAAGUUAUGGUCUCCUCUGCUCUACUUGACAUGUACUCGAAAUGUGGGUUCUUGGAAUUGGGAUAUCAAGUUUAUGAGACUAUGGUUUUCAAGAAUAUUGUUUCAUACAAUUCAAUUAUUUCAAGUCUUGGUUUAUAUGGACUUGCAUCUCAGGCCUUUGAGAUAUUCGAGAAGGCACUGGAGGAAGGGCACAAACCUGAUGAAGCUACUUUUUCUGCACUUCUUUGUGCAUGUUGCCAUGCUGGUCUUGUCAAUGAUGGUCGAGAAUAUUUCAGAAGAAUGAAAGAUCAAUUUGGCAUCUCAGCUAACACCGAACAUUAUAUUUACAUGGUAAAGCUUCUUGGAAUGGAAGGACAAUUAAGAGAAGCUUAUGAACUUGUUCAAUCUCUGCAAGAACCAAUUGACUCUGGCAUUUGGGGGGCACUAUUAUCAUGCUGUGAUGCUCAUAGAAAUUAUGAGGUCGCAGAUAUUGUAGCUUGUCGUCUUUUUGGGAAUAAGCUAGAGAAUAAUAGUUACAGAAUUAUGCUUUCAAAUAUGUAUGCUAGUGAUGGGAGGUGGGAUUUGGUAAAUAAGUUGAGAGUAGAUUCUGGAUUAACAAAGUUGAAACUUCCUGGAAAAAGCUGGAUUACUAGUAAAAAACAUUCCUUUGAAAGGAACUCUUGAAGUGUCUUCUGCGACAUCUUUCACGAGUUAACAGUUGCUGAAUCUAGGAUCAGAAGCUGCGAGAGGAGGUCUCUGUUCUGUUAUGAAAGUUCAAUCUGCAUGAUUUCAAACUGGUGGCCACUUGACUGCUCAAGAAUGGUGGCAAAUCAUUUUCAUCACACAAGUGUGUAGAAUGCAGCCAUGGAAUGUUUAGGUAAAAUAGAAGAAACCAGAAGUCUUCCUCUUUUUUCUUUUUAUCUUUUGAGAGCCAUGGAAACCUCUCUCUCCCUCUCCCUCUCCGUACAUUCAUAUUUAAGAGGCUUCUCCAUUCUUCUAAGAGAGUAGAGAGAUGACUAGGGAGUUACUGCUGUUUGUUCGCUGUUCCGGAAAGACUGCUUCAUUUUUCUCGCUUUGUACAUUGGUGGAACUAUGUGUUGAAGCAUUUACAAGAUUAUGCAUAUGGGGUCUUUGUGGCUUUGAGACCACUGGCUUGUUUGUUACUCUUUACAUCAGAAAAUCUGUGGAUCAUCCUAAAGCUACAGUGUUAAAGUUAGGUCAACGUCUAUUACUUCCCUCGUUUCACCAUAAGUUCAUGGUUACAUAGAAUCAGUACUCAACUGUGAAUGACAAUUAAACUUUUCCCACCUUCUGUUCAAUUGUUCACAAAAUUAUCUCUGCUGUUACGAAAGAUUUUAUUAAGGAUACUUGGAAUUUUCAACUUUGCUGCAUGAAUAUUAUUCUCCCCGGAUAAAAAAAAAGAAAGGGAGAAAAAAAGAAAAAAGAAAUCAUGAUGUUGUAUUUCUGAUUUAAUAGGUAUCUUGUACAGGUUGUUGUAGUGUCUCACUAAAUGUUGUUUAUUUGGAGUGUGGAUUAAAUCUGAGCUGUUGCAUAGUAUGAAGGAAGUUAUUCCGUUGAACGGAUUUUCUGUGCAUAUGUUUGGAAGAAUACUAAUAGCGCUGCAUCAUGUGUAAUGCGCUAUGAAAUGCCUCUAUUAAGAACUUCUUAAGAAUUGUUGUAGGUUCUCAUAAUUUGAACAAGUAUGUGCACUAUUGAUAUUGACAUCUUUUAGACCAUUAACAUAAGUCAUCGAAAAAUGUCUCUAACAUGAGGCAAGAAGUACAUUGUCUGCAGGCUCGGUUCUCCUUGGUGCAGUCAUCAUGCGUUUCAUAGUUGUGUUUGCAUGCUUCAAGACUCUGAAGGACAGGCAAAGUUUCUUUUGUAAAUAUGGUAUGAUAAAUUGUGGUAUCAACUGAAAUUUCUCUGAGGCCAAACAUUAUACAAGGCAUUUAUAAGUAGAGAUAUUUAACUUAAAGAGCCGGAAAGUGGAAUAAGUAGGAGUUGAAAUGUUAGAAGUCAUAUGCAGGACUGGUUCUCACCAUCGGUGCAUUUAGUCUAUGAAACAAGACCUUUUUCCUGACCAAUUGUGUUCUAAUCAUUGCACCUUGAUUCCUACUACAUUCUAUCAAUUAUAUCGAUCAACUUUAGCUAAAUCUCAAACUAGUUGAUCCUUCCACGUUUUAUUGCCACUAAAUUUGAACAAUAUAUGCAUGUGUAAAUAGUUUGUGGGAGUCUUUUGGUGUGUAAUCAAUCCCAUUGUCAAUUGCUAUAGCUACAUCUUUGGUUGGUAUUCUCGGUCUUUUCCAUGGCAGUGUGUUAAAUCUUCGCUAAACUUCAUUUAUGUUAAUUGAACUUUUGAAAGUUUUUAAGAUUCAAGUAUUUGAAAUGCAUUUUUCUUCAAGUUGCUAUACUUGCUAAAGGAGGCCAAGUGUGCUAAUAUAUGAUAUGGGUGUGUAAGCUAUUUGAUAUAGUUAAAGCAGGCUGUCAUUUUUAUUAUAUGAUCAGUUGCUCAGUCAGUAUUGGAAUCCUUACCCCUAGAUGCAAUUUUAGUGUUCUAACUGAUUGCUAUCUAAUGUUGCAUAAACAAACAUUUGCGCUGAGGUUUUAGAACUCUUCUAAAAUGCACACUUUUAAAUGUGUUAAAACGCACAUUAGCUGAUUUAUAAAAACAGUUUUAUAAGAUACCGUGCGUCAAUGACACUUCUGAAUAACUUUGCUAGUUGCAUCACUAACAUAUUUUUCUUUCAUUUUGUGGGAGGGACUUGAUGUUUGAAGGCUUGAAGAAAUCCUGGAUCAUAAAUUCAGUUGCCCGACAAAUUUGCUACUUCAAGUGAAAGGUAUCACAGGUUAGAAACAGCUCUCCUACAUAAGCAGGACAACUAGUGGCUUCUGUUUGUUCGUUGUUAGCUUUGUGCAUCAAAUUGGUUGCUUCUCAAAGACCCAAAAUUAUUUAUAAUAAGGUUAAGAAGAAAACAUUAUGGCAAUGCAAAGUGGUACCUAUGCUGCUUGUGAUGAGAUCCUUGUAACAGCCUCUUGAACCCUGGAAAACAACAAGUUAUAAGAAUUAUCAGUAUGCAAGCGUGUAGCAUUUAAUUAAAAAAUCUUGAAGUCCGAUUAGAAGUUUUAUUGCCACAGAAAUAUUGAAUUUAUCAAAGGAAAAUGGCAUAAACUGUCAAAUUGUGUUAAGCAUUUACUAUUUCUUUCGCUUUUCACUCUUGUAAGUUGUUACCACUUUACUAAAUGGUUGUACUUAUCAAGUGCUCUUUUUACUGCUUUCUUUUUGUGUCGA